UAUAAUAUCCAGGCUAGAGAUUAUACUCUUAUUAAUGUAGUAUUUUAAUAUGAAACAGCCAGGAGCAUCUGAAAGAACUGUAGACAGCACCAGUGCUCCAUUCUUUAAUGGAGAGAAAGAGAACACCCUGGAUGAUCUGUUGCACAUCACAUACAGUUCACACAUAGGAAAACCUUUACAGAAACCAGAACCAGACACCAGCAGCAGCACCACUGCAGAGCCACGCCUAAUACUGAUUCAGGAUGAAUUUAGUAAAGACGACUCCUGCCUGCAGCCGCUCGACCCCGGGCCUUGCCGGACGUACGUGGUGAAAUGGUAUUACGAAGCCAAGGCCAACUCCUGCGCUCAAUUUUGGUUUGGAGGUUGCCAUGGCAACCGUAAUCGGUUUGACACAGAGAGCGCCUGCAGGAAAUCCUGUGUCAUAAACUAA